CGCGCCGCCGCCUCGCUGCCGCACAUCGCGCGGCCGCGCGCCGACGAGCCCGCCCGCCGCAGCCCCUGCCUGCUCGUGGCGCUGCGGCCGCGCAACGUGGAGGCCGAGCGGGAGCGCUUCUUCCGCGCGCGCUUCGCCUACGACCCGCAGUUCGAGUACGCGGAGCCGCUGCCGGGCGCCGUGCUCGACAAGUACCGCGCCGCCUCCGACCGCUUCGUGGCGCAGGCAAUUCGGAUCAUUCACGCUGUCCUGGAGAAGUACGGUACCUACGAGAGUUUUGAAGUUGCCACCGGAGGAAGGUUGCUGAGCAAAUGCCAAAUCUGGUCUGUUAUCCGAAAAUACAUGCAGAAGGAAGGCUGCGUGGGAGAGGUGGUGGUGCAACUCACCGACGACCUCCUGUCCCAGGCCGUGAUGAUGGUGGAGGACAGCCGGCCCACGCUGGCCAUCAACCUCUCCGGAGCCCGGCAGUACUGGCUGGAGGGGAUGCUGCGCCACGAGAUAGGUACCCACUACAUCCGUGGGGUUAACAACACCCACCAGCCCUGGCACAGCUCUGAGGGCCGCAAGCAGUACAGCCUAAAGCCUGCCAACCCCACCGAGGAGGGGCUGGCGAGCCUGCACAGCGUCCUCUUCCGCAAGCAGCCCUUCCUGUGGCGAGCAGCCCUGCUCUACUACACCAUCCACCAGGCCAGCCGCCUCUCCUUCUCUGCCCUCUUCCAGGACCUGGAGCAGUACGUCCAGGACGCUGGCGUGCGGUGGGAGUACUGCGUGCGCGCAAAGCGGGGCCAGACGGACACCUCUCAGCCCGGCUGUUUCAGUAAGGAUCAGGUGUACCUGGAUGGGAUUCUCCGGAUCCUGAGACAUCGUCAGACCAUUGACUUUCCAUUGCUGGCUGCACUUGGAAAGGUCUCUUACGAAGAUGUGAAUCGCCUGAAGAAAUUUGGGGUCUUGGAAAAGACGCGCAUCCCCCAUUUCAUGCAGGACCUGGAGCAGUACAUGAAGCAGCUGGACCACAUCGUCACCACCAACAGGCUGAAUGAGAAGGAGCUGGAGCAGCUGCUGCCGGACUGAGCGGCUCCUGGCCGCCAGACCCAGGCCUUGCUGGGCUCAGACUCUAUUUAUUUGGUAUUUAUUGAGGCUGUUGAGCCAGUCCUCGCCUGGAGGAGGCGGCACGGCUUAGGCCUCGGUCCCUUUCGCAGGGCAGGGGCCAACGUGCAUGUAACGCUGUGUAGGGUAGCUCGGCCGAGAAGGCCGCUGUGGUUGUUGUGGGUAGGCCUGCCCCUGACUGCCUGGUUCCUGUGUGUGCCGGGGCAGCCCAACUGCUCCGUGGCUGUGGAGGUUUAUUUCAGGAGAAAGCACGUUAAGACGGUUCAGAGGGAUGAGGGCAGAGCAGGGGAGCCGCACUGGACCCAGAGCGGGCACAGGAGGGCUGUGCAGGGCUGGGCACAGGAGGAAGAAGAUGGAGGAGCUUGGAGGAAGGCGGGGUGUUCCCUGCAGAGGCUCUGGCUGCAUUCGGGGCCAGGAGACAGGGGUAGCGAGCCUGCCAUGGAGCCGGGCUCGCCUGGCCCCGCGCGGGAGGCUCCCCCCUCACCCACGGCUCCAUCAUGCCCUCCCGCCUAUGCGUCCUCAUCCCCGCCGCUCCACC